AUGAAAUCAAAAAAUGUUUCCUCACCAAUCUCUGUAGUAUCGAAUGAAACAAAUGAGCAGUUCUUGCCUUCGUUGAGAGACGCCUAUCCCCUAUUUUCAAACUCCGACUAUGUUUUGGAGUUCACUUCUAAAAUACUUCUCUUGGAGUAUAUUAAUGAACCGCGAUUCAGAAGAAGAUUUAAGAUUAGAAAUGACGAUCCAUCAAAUAUCAGCCAAAAGUACCCAAUAAAACUGCAAGGUAAAAACCAGUUGAACAAACGUUCGUCGUGGGUUGCGCUAGAUACAAGUAGUGGGUCAUGCAGCAGCGAAGGUGAACUAUUGAGACGCGUUCUUCCUUUAAUCGAACAAUACCUAAUGAAGGUUGCUAUGGGGAAAUCAAAAAUUAAGAAUGAGCAAUUUAGACGGAGUAUGCUUAAGCUCUACAAUGAUCUAUUUUUAAAUCCCCAAAUGUCGAAAGCGCUAGAGUCGAUGAGUAAAUUUGAGGAAUUAUUAAUGCUUUUCACAAAAGCUGCCAAUGGCGAGCUGCUCAAGUUGGAUACCCAAAGAACGCAGGAUGUGCUUUAUAUCCAAUUGUCCUCCUUUAUUGACGUAAUUGUUCAACUGAUUUCAGAGAAAGGGGAUACAACCUCAAGGUUAGUUGAAAAGCUCCAAGAAUACAAAACGGUUUUUGAGCCAACUGCAAGCGUAUCGAUUGUAAAUAGCUCCGCUUCUUCCACUAAGGAAUUUUCUUCAGAUUUGGGAGAAGCAACUCUAAAGCCUUCUUUCAAAACCAAGGAGAUUACGCAUGCAAAUUAUUUAAUGGAACUAUUCAAUAUUCCAGAACUUGAAUUCCAGCAGCAUGUUAUUCGGUAUGUUGAUUCGGUGAAAAACGACCUCUUACAAAAAGAAUUGGAGAUUGAAAGAGAAAAGGUUGAGAAUGACAGAGGUCCUCUAGUAAAGAGUAAAUUUGGCUGCAAGGAAAACUAUGAAAUUUGGAAAAAAAGAGAACUGACUGAAAUCGACACAAUCAUAGAAAAGCUUGAAGAAACCAAGGCUGGCCACAAUGAACUUAAUAAAGGAAAUAUUUCUAAACGUGAUAAAAUUUUACCUAACAAUGCGAGAGAUAUUUUCACACAUUUAUUAUGGCUAAUACUUAAAAAGGAAGCCUCAGAAGCUUCCCAGGCUUCUUCAAGUUUGUCAUUUUCUAAGGAUGCUUCAUUUUUCCUCUUAAAAUGCUCGAAGUAUUGGCGGCUUGACAAUCCAUCAACAAAGGCUACGCUACUGUAUACUGCUGGAAAUUUUGGAAUCUUGAGCGGUACUGAGUUGAAUCCAGAGAACGUAAUGGGUUUAUUCAGUAUCAUAUUCAGUAAAAUUUUGAGCACAGAAGAAGACUGUGACGUCACUCAAUGGAAUAGCGAUGACCAAAAGCAGUGGUUGAUCAAUUUGACUUUCACUUUUGAACAAAUAAUAUCCUCUUUGAAUUCACUUUCCAGUUUAAUUUACGAGCAUCCUCGACCUAUAUUUUCACCAGUUCUACGAAUAUAUCAUUCAUUCAUUGAAGCAGAUCCAUUGUUAAUCUAUUAUGACUUGAGAAAUACAGAAUAUUUUAGGAAACACAUGAAGAUUUUAAAGCGGACACUGUUUCGAGCAAGUGAAAAAUAUUAUUUAACCCUUCUUCAGCAAAUACCAAAGGACAACACGAUAGAAAUGCAUCACAUUGAGCAAAUUGCACAAUCAAUUUUAUUGGAAAUCAAGGAUUUACAGAAAAGGUAUUCGAAGUUGUUAUUAGGUGAACUAAAUAUAGCGUUCGAAUGUGCCAGUGUCUUAGUAGAAGCAUUCGGAACUGAUUGCUAUGCAAUGUUAAAGAGAGUUGAAUAUUACUUUCUCGAAAAAAAUGAACAGGAAACUAUUAACCUUGAGGCCAUAGAAACUUAUAAAAUAUUACAAGAGCUAAGGGAUGUGUUUUAUCAGGUUCAACCAAGCAAAAAAUUUCCUUUCAAACUUGAAAAAUCUUUUGUGAAGUACUUGUCUCAAUUGUGUGAUCAGACUUGCGAUAAGUUGUUACAGGUUGUUGACAACGCAAUUCAAGCGGAAAGCUGGCAACAAGUAAAUCCUACAAAAUUUUGCAGUACGUCAGCGAUCGACAUUUUCAAGAUGAUCAACGAAUCAAUCGAUAUAUUUACGAAAUUGAAAUGGGGAAAUGAAUAUCAAAUUUCGAAAAUAUACACUUUCAUCCUUAAGGCAAUAGCAGACGUAAUUAGUAGGUAUGCGGCAGCGGUUACUAACAUCAUCGAGGAUGAAUUGGCAAAUCUUUCCGAGGAAGAUUUGAAGGAAGAAGGAAGCGAUGAUAUGAACGAUAGUUCAUUUAUACCCCAAUCAGCAGCUGACAAGAUGAGAAAUACUUGGCUGUUUAAUGAAAUGAGAAACGCAUUAAAAUCCUCUAAUCUAAUUGUUCCAAAACCUCACAAAUUUACCUCCAAAACAUGUGUAUGCUUGAGUAACUUAGAGGAGAUGAUACGCAUGAUUGGUGAUCUUGAAGAGCGAAUUAAUCCUCAGAAGAUCUCCAUCACGGUGGAGAAGUAUGAGCGCUCGAAUCCUAAACUUCAAAAAAUGACAGCACUGCAGAACAGCGGCUUGAGGCAGCUAUAUGUUAUCAAAAUUAUUCGUGCUGAGAAUUGCAGAGGCAGCUCCAACAACGAGCUCCUCAAUAGUUAUGUUAGUUUUGUUGAUACGACUAGGAGACAAGACAUUGCAAAAACUAAGGUUAUUCCAAAAUCAGUAAAUCCAGUCUGGAACGAAGAGUUCGAAUUCGAGUGCCCUAUUAACGAAUCGCGGUCACUAAAUUUAGUAAUGUGGAAUCAUAAGUCCGGUUUUGGAAGUUCGUCAACAGAAGUGUGUGGUAGGGCUAAUUUCUCAUUGGAUCCCAGCGCUUAUCGGGAUGACGGGCUUCCUGAAGAUAUCAUUUUGAAUCUUGAUACUCAAGGCAGAAUUGUCUUACAGGUUUCCAUGGAGAAAGAAAGGCUAGAUGCCCUUUUUUCUAUGGGAAAAGCCUACAGAACUAUUUCAAGGGCCAGAUCGCGGUCCAUUGAAUUGAUGGUUGAUCGCUUUGCAUCUUUCGUACGGUUUGCAUUCUCUCGAUCAACGUUAAAGACGGUAUGCGGUGUAAAUGGCAAUAAAAAGGUAGAGAAUGAAAUAAUUUACGAUGCAGUCUUACCACUUUUCGAUUACCUAAAUGCCAAUCUAAGCAUUUUAGCUGUAGAGCUGAAGAGGGACUUACUUUUCAAAAUCAUGUUAGAGACGUGGUCAGUUAUAUUAAACCAAGCAGACAGCUUAUUACUACCCUUGCUUUCAGAUGUCCGUCGACCACCAGAGGAAGACGGAAAAACGAAGUCCAUAUGGGAAAGCGCAGUUGAUGUGGCAAGGGCUAAUUUAAGUAAUUUCGCCAACUUUGGAAGGCCCUUGACUCAAAUUGAAAUAGAUACUGUAUUUGAAUGGCUAAGAGCCCUUUGUAUCGAUUUUUUUCACAAUGGUGGCGAAGGGCCACCUCUAAAUGAUCUAAAGAAUCAACACUAUCAGAACCUAUUGUUAAUCCCUAUAUUCUACGACAAAGGAAAGAAGGAGCUUAAGGAAGAGGUCGAAAGAUUGAAUCCCGAAUACGAGCAAUAUCUCAACUCAAUGAACGAACAUUCUGACCACGCGAAGACUCGUACUCCUAAAAGUAGAAAGGUUAAUACAAUUGCACGGAGGAAAACAAUUCUUGCUAAUAGCUCCAAAAAACGAAGACAGCAGCUGGACCUUGAAAUCAAAAUUUCUGAAAGCAACCCAUUGGAGAUUAGCGCUGCUACUCAGGAUAUCCUUUUGAGGAUUUUGUUGGCAAAGGGCGAAACCUCAUAUGUGUAUAAGAAUUUACAAGCCCGCGAACAAGCGCUGAAAAAGAUGCGUACUGAAAUGUUCGUGAAAGCAGCUGUAACUAAUAGAGGAGGUUGGAAAUCCUAG